AUGCUCCAAAAUCUCACCGUUGCAAACAAGCUGCUUUAUAUGUACACCCAGCAGAGGGUGCUGGGUGAAGCUUAUGCUCUGUUUGGUGGGAUGGAGGAGAAAGAUGCAGUUUCUUGGAGUGUAAUGGUUGGUGGGUUUGUGAAGGCUGGUGAUUAUACCAAUGGUUUUGCAACAUUUAGGGAGCUUAUUCGAGGCGGUGUUUCGCCGGAUAACUAUACAUUGCCCUUUGUGAUUAGGGUUUGUAGGGAUUUGAUGGACCUGCAAAUGGGCAGGUUGGUUCAUGGCAUUGUGUUGAAGCAUGGGUUGGUUUCGGAUAAUUUUGUUUGCGCUGCGCUCGUGGACAUGUAUGCGAAAUGUAGGGUUAUCGAUGAUGCCCGCCAACUGUUUGAUAAUAUGCAGAGCAGGGAUCUUGUGAGUUGGACAGUGAUGAUUGGUGCAUGUGCUGAGUGCAGGAAUGCUGAUGAGGCUUUGGUUUUGUUUGAUCGGAUGGUUGAUGAAGGUGUUUUACCGGAUAAGGUUGCUAUGGCUACUGUUGUUAAUGCUUGUGCAAAAUUGGGGGCUAUGCAUAAAGCCAGGCUUGUUGAUGAUUAUAUAUGUAGGAAUAAGUUUUCGUUUUCGUUGGAUGUGAUCUUAGGAACGGCGAUGAUUGAUAUGUAUGCUAAGUGCGGAUGUGUUGAUUCUGCUAGGGAAAUUUUUGAUAGGAUGCACGUAAAGAAUGUUAUAACAUGGAGUGCUAUGAUUGCAGCGUAUGGUUAUCAUGGGCACGGCCGAAAAGCUAUUGAUAUUUUUGAAAUGAUGUUAAGCAGUGGAGUGUCACCAAAUGCAAUAACUUUUAUUUCACUAUUAUAUGCUUGUAGUCAUUCAGGCUUGAUCGAAGAGGGUCUUCGGUUUUUCUCUUCGAUGUGGGAUGAAUAUGCUGUCAGAGCAGAUGUCAAACAUUAUACUUGUAUGGUUGAUCUCUUGGGCCGUGCUGGGAAACUUGAUGAGGCCUUAAAAUUAGUCGAGAGCACGGCAGUUGAGAAAGAUGAGGGGUUAUGGGGAGCUUUUCUUGGCGCAUGUAGAAUCCAUGGGAAUGUAGACCUGGCAAAAAAGGUAGUGAAUUCUCUUCUUGAACUACAGCCAGAAAACGCAGGGCAUUAUGUAUUGCUUUCAAAUAUAUAUGCACGAGAAGGUAGGUGGAAGGAAAUGUCAAAAAUGAGAGAUCUGAUGACCCAGAGGAAACUGAAGAAAAUUCCGGGUUUGACUUGGAUUGAAGUGGAUAACAAAAUUUACCAAUUUAGCGUGGGCGAUAGGUCUCAUCCAUGGUCAGAAAAGAUUUAUGCGAUGAUCAAGAGUUUGAAUGAGAAGUUGGAGCUGGCUGGUUAUGUGCCUGAUACAAAUUUUGUGUUACAUGAUGUUGACGAGGAAGUGAAGUUGGGUAUGUUGUCUUCACAUAGUGAGAAGUUGGCAAUUGCAUUUGGUCUCCUUGCCACUGCUGAUGGAACUCCGAUCAGAAUUACAAAAAAUCUUAGGGUUUGUGGUGACUGCCACUCGUUUAUCAAGUUUGUAUCGGCUAUAACACAAAGGGUUAUCAUUGUUCGAGAUGCAAAUCGAUUUCACCACUUCAAAGAAGGGGCAUGCUCAUGUGGAGAUUAUUGGUAA